AUGACGUCCAGCUCGCAUGUUCUCAUCCUAGGCUCGAAUUCGAUCCAUUCACUGGUUCCGUCGAGCCUGAUAACCCAAGUCGAAUCUCUGCUGGACAGUCACAAGCUUGAGGAUGCCUUCACAGUUGCCGACACUAGGAGGAAGAAGCUCGAGGAAAGCAUCGAGGUCGAUGAGGACCAGGCCGAAGAACUGCGCUAUGUAUUCCAACGAAUUGGAUUCCAAUACUUCUCAGAAACAAUGUUUGAAGAUGCUGGAAAGCUGCUGUUUAAUGGCCAGCUCGACCCGCGAGUCCUAGUCAGCUAUUUUCCUCAGCUUCGAGGGAAUCUGUUCUCGGACGAGGACCAUGUGGACGUGUUCGCUGGGAUCGCGGAGAAGAUGCCCAGGGAGGCAUCUGUGGACGAUAUCAUUAUCUUCAACCUAGUCAGGAACUACUCGCCCCACCUUUCGCCGAACACACAAUCUGCACCGACGACAGCGGAACUACGCAAAAUCCUGCAGGAGAGGGCCCUGGAAAUGUUGGAGACGUUUCUCAAGAAAGAGAGGCGGAGACGAAUGGCAUUAGACUUGGACAAAGAUGAGGAGGUGGAACAGUUUAACAAUUCUGCUUCUAGCAAAGGGAAAGAGAGGGAGCGACCCCGUUCCAUCAGAGCCAUCAUCGACACCGUCCUUGCCAAGAUCUACGCGCAGUCAGAAAAGACAUCUGAACUCUAUGAUCUACUUUCGUCGCCCAACUCAAUUGUACUUUCCGAAGUUGAGGACGUAUUCCGGGAAACAGGCCAGUACAAUGCAUUGUGCAUGCUGUAUCAACUUGGUGGACCCGAAAACGACGAAAAGUUGCUUGAAGUGUGGUCGAAAAUUGUCGACGGAGUAUGGACAGAUCCAGAUAUCCCUGACCCUCUUUUACAAAUGGUGUCCCUACUCAUGGACAAACGCGAUAAGGCCCUAACCCACAAAUGGGGUAUAUGGCUAUUAAAGCGCGAUCAAGAGGCAGCCAUCCGACUCCUGACUGCCCUCAGAGACACCGGCGGAAAGCGGAGAGAUCGAGAGCGGACAGCCACUGGGGAAGACCUGGCCUUGUUGGAACAAAUCGAGUUGGAGAGUCCUGCUGCUGCGAAACAGUACCUAGAGUACCUCGUGCUCCAGAAACGAUCCCAGUCAAAGGAGCUACACAAUCGACUCGCGCUUUCGUGCAUCGACACCGUGCUCCAAUUCCUCCGCCAGGACAAUGCAAUAUCAAAACUAUGGCGAGCUAAAGUUUCUUCGUAUACAUCGACCUCCUCCAAAGCCCCUAAAGCGACACCUCUUUCUCCGACCACUACAUCCGGCCCUCCCGCUUUGCCCUCCUUCUUCUCGUACUUUGAGUCCACCACACCGGAGUCUCCCUCGAAGCGAGCUCGCCUCUGUUCAGUUCUUUUUCUCUCAGGCUCGCAUCUCUAUGACCCCGAAAUGAUCAAGGCCAGAAUCGUCAGUGAAAAACGAGAGAAGAUCUUAUCACUGGAGAUGGCGCUGUUAGAGGGAAAGCUUGGAAACCAUAGAUCAGCUCUAACGACACUGGCUUGCGAACUCAGCGAUGCGGCGAGUGCUGAAGCCUACUGUACACUUCAAGGGGAUGUCAUUCCUCCGAAGGUGGCUAUUUCGGCUGCGGAGGCUGCGGGGUUGGAUCAGUGGGCUGAGGGGUUGUUCCUGGGGGGUUCAACAUCCAAGUCGCAAUCUGGAAAGGCGAAGCCGGCUCCUGCGUUAAUACAGCGUCCAAUUGAUGAUGCGAAAAAGAAGGAGCUGUUGAAGGUUUUGUUGGAGGUCUAUAUGUUGGACGAUUCCCCGACAAGUGCUGAGCGGGCGUCCCAACUACUGAAUGCCCAAGCCAUGAAUCUCGAUGUCCUAGACGUCCUAGAACUCGUUCCUCCAUCUUGGCCACUUCCGUCUCUUACACCAUUCCUCGCCCGUUCCUUCCGCCGGAUCACGCAUCUCAAGCGGGAAGGGCAGAUAGCGAAGAACAUCGCUAGUGGCCAGAACUUGGAAGUGAAGGAGAGGACUUGGGAACCUGUAAGGCUCGCGGGGGCUUUGGUUGAAGAGGAGCUGGACGAUGAUGAUGAUGACGAGAGUGGAGGAGUGUUUGAUGAAAAGCGCGGGUUGGGGGAGAAGGAUGUUGUUGCUAUCGUUUCGCAUGAUUCUACGACGAAUGCGUUGGGGUUGAGCGAGAAGGGAUCGAAUGGGAUAGGGAGCGGGGAGGUUGUUGCUGAUGAUCUUCGGUGA